GCCCCGCUCCUACCCGCCCCCGAUUCCCCCACCCCUCCACCCCCUCCGUUGCCCCUGGGGCGUGCGGCGAUAUGCCGCUCCCGGAGCCCGUGGCCGCGGUGGCCGUGGAGCGCUCGUGGGGCCCCAUGGGCAGGGCAGCGGUGGCCCAGAUGCAGGGCAUCCGGAGCAGCUACGAGGACUGGACACCCACGUGCUCUCGCAGGAGCUCGGCAUCGUCGGCGUCUACGACGGCCACAACGGGGAGGAGAGGCGGCGGGCUUCGUGGCCGCGCGCCUCCACCGGCACGUGGCGGCCUCGGGCAGGCCGAGCCCGCUGGCGCUGCAGGCUGCGUUCGUCGCCUGAGAUGUGCGGGAAGCUCCCUCAGGGCUCCGACUCGGGCACCACCGCAACUCUCGCGGUCGUGGAAGAAGAUGGUGGGCCCGACCACUUAGAGUGUGGGUGGCAAACUGCGGCGACUCCCGCGCGGUGUUGUGGCAUUGUGACGCGGACACCGUGGAGGAGACGAGCGACCACCGGCCCAGCGACCCGCACGAGCGCGCCCGCAUCGAGUCGGCGGGCGGCUACGUGUUCGACGAGUGGGAGCCGCCGCGGGUAG